GGCGGGCGGCGCGGGGCGGUCCGGCGGGUUCAAAGAGGAAAACAUGGCGGAAAACAAAGGCGGCGGCGAGGCUGAGAGCGGCGGCGGGGGCAGCGGCAGUGCGCCGGUAACUGCCGGGGCCGUCGGGCCCGCGGCGCAGGAGGCGGAGCCGCCUCUCGCCGCGGUGCUGGUGGAAGAGGAGGAGGAGGAGGAAGGCGGCAGGGCGGACGCGGAGAGCAGCGCGGCCCGGCCCGACGACGGGGGGGUGGCCGCGGCCUCCUCGGGCUCGGCCCCGGCUGCUUCGGCCCCUGCGGCCUCCGUGGGCCCUGCAGUUCCUGGGGGGGCGGUAUUGACGCCGGCCCCAGCUCCAACCUCGGCUCCCGCUCCGGGUCCUUCCGCGGGGCCGCCUCUUGGACCUCCAGCCUCUCUCUUGGACACCUGCGCCGUGUGUCAGCAGAGCUUGCAGAGCCGGCGUGAGGCGGAGCCCAAGCUGCUGCCCUGUCUUCACUCCUUUUGCCUGCGCUGCCUGCCGGAGCCGGAGCGCCAGCUCAACGUGCCCAUCCCGGGGGGCAGCAACGGCGACAUCCAGCAAGUUGGUGUAAUACGGUGCCCAGUAUGCCGCCAAGAAUGCAGACAGAUAGACCUUGUGGAUAAUUAUUUUGUGAAAGAUACAUCUGAAGCUCCUAGCAGUUCUGAUGAGAAAUCAGAACAGGUAUGUACUAGUUGUGAAGACAAUGCAAGUGCAGUUGGCUUUUGUGUAGAAUGUGGAGAGUGGCUAUGUAAGACAUGUAUUGAAGCCCAUCAAAGAGUAAAAUUCACUAAAGAUCACUUGAUCAGGAAGAAAGAAGAUGUCUCAGAGUCUGUUGGAGCAUCUGGUCAGCGCCCUGUUUUCUGCCCUGUACACAAACAAGAACAGUUGAAACUUUUCUGUGAGACAUGCGAUAGACUGACAUGUAGAGACUGUCAGCUAUUGGAACACAAAGAACAUAGGUACCAGUUUUUAGAAGAAGCUUUUCAAAACCAGAAAGGUGCAAUUGAGAACCUACUGGCUAAACUUCUUGAGAAGAAGAAUUAUGUUCAUUUUGCAGCUACUCAGGUGCAGAAUAGGAUAAAAGAAGUAAACGAGACUAACAAGCGAGUAGAACAGGAAAUAAAAGUGGCCAUUUUCACCCUUAUCAAUGAAAUUAAUAAGAAGGGAAAAUCUCUCUUACAGCAGCUAGAGAAUGUUACAAAAGAAAGACAGAUGAAGUUACUACAGCAGCAGAAUGACAUCACAGGCCUGUCGCGGCAGGUGAAGCAUGUUAUGAACUUCACAAACUGGGCAAUUGCAAGUGGCAGCAGCACAGCCCUGCUGUACAGCAAGCGACUGAUUACUUUUCAAUUGCGCCAUAUUUUGAAAGCUCGUUGUGAUCCUGUCCCUGCUGCUAAUGGAGCAAUACGUUUCCAUUGUGAUCCCACCUUCUGGGCAAAGAAUGUAGUCAAUUUAGGUAAUCUAGUAAUAGAGAGUAAACCAGCUCCUGGGUAUACUCCUAAUGUUGUAGUCGGGCAAGUCCCUCCAGGGACAAACCACAUUAGUAAAACCCCUGGACAGAUUAACUUAGCACAGCUUCGACUCCAGCACAUGCAACAGCAAGUGUAUGCACAGAAGCAUCAGCAGUUGCAGCAAAUGAGAAUGCAGCAACCCCCUGCACCUGUAGCAACGACGACGACAACAACACAGCAGCAUCCACGACAGGCAGCCCCUCAGAUGUUACAACAGCAGCCUCCCAGGCUGAUCAGCGUGCAAGCAAUGCAGAGGAACAACAUGAACUGUGGAUCUUUCCAAGCCCACCAGAUGAGACUGGCUCAGAACGCUGCCCGGAUUUCAGGGAUUCCCAGGCACAGCGGCCCUCAGUACUCCAUGAUGCAGCCACACCUCCAAAGACAACACUCAAACCCAGGGCAUGCCGGGCCCUUUCCUGUCGUGUCAGCGCACAACACAAUCAACCCCACCAGCCCCACCACGGCUACGAUGGCCAGUGCGAAUCGCGGUCCCACCAGCCCGUCCGUUACGGCAAUAGAGCUGAUCCCCUCGGUUACCAAUCCAGAAAACCUUCCAUCGUUACCAGAUAUUCCACCCAUACAGUUGGAAGAUGCUGGUUCAAGUAGUUUAGAUAAUCUACUAAGUAGAUACAUCUCAGGCAGUCACCUACCCCCACAGCCUACAAGCACCAUGAACCCCUCUCCGGGCCCCUCUGCCCUGUCUCCAGGAUCGUCAGGUUUAUCCAAUUCUCACACACCUGUGAGGCCCCCCAGUACCUCUAGUACUGGCAGUCGAGGCAGCUGUGGGUCAUCAGGAAGAACUGCUGAGAAGACAAGUCUUAGUUUCAAGUCUGAUCAAGUGAAGGUCAAGCAAGAACCUGGGACUGAAGAUGAAAUAUGUAGCUUCUCGGGCGCCGUGAAGCAGGAGAAGACAGAGGACGGCAGGAGGAGCGCCUGCAUGCUGAGCAGUCCGGAGAGCAGUCUGACCCCGCCUCUCUCGACCAGCCUGCACCUGGAGAGCGAGCUGGAUGCAUUACCGAGCCUGGAAAACCACGUGAAAACUGAGCCCACAGAUACGAACGAAAGCUGCAAACAGUCGGGGCUCAGCAGCCUGGUUAACGGAAAGUCCUCAAUUCGAAGCCUCAUGCACAGGGCGGCCAGGAUGGGAGGAGAUGGUAGCAGCAAAGACGAUGACCCAAACGAGGACUGGUGUGCCGUCUGCCAAAAUGGAGGGGACCUCUUGUGUUGUGAGAAAUGCCCCAAGGUUUUCCAUCUAACUUGUCAUGUUCCAACACUUCUUAGCUUUCCAAGCGGGGACUGGAUAUGCACAUUUUGCAGAGAUAUUGGGAAACCAGAGGUUGAAUAUGAUUGUGACAAUUUGCAACAUAAUAAGAAGGGGAAAACUGCACAGGGAUUAAGCCCUGUGGACCAAAGGAAAUGUGAACGUCUCCUGCUUUACCUCUAUUGUCAUGAAUUAAGUAUUGAAUUCCAGGAGCCAGUUCCUGCUUCGAUACCAAACUACUAUAAAAUUAUAAAGAAACCAAUGGAUUUAUCCACUGUGAAAAAGAAGCUUCAGAAAAAACAUUCCCAACACUACCAGGUCCCAGAUGACUUCGUGGCUGACGUCCGUUUGAUCUUCAAGAACUGUGAAAGGUUUAAUGAAAUGAUGAGAGUUGUUCAAGUUUAUGCAGAAACACAAGAGAUUAAUUUAAAGGCUGAUUCAGAAGUAGCUCAGGCAGGGAAAGCAGUUGCGUUGUACUUUGAAGAUAAACUCGCAGAGAUCUACUCAGACAGGACCUUCGCACCUCUGCCAGAGUUUGAGCAGGAGGAGGAUGAUGGUGAGGUGACCGAGGACUCUGAUGAAGACUUUAUACAACCCCGCAGAAAACGCCUAAAGUCGGAUGACAGACCGAUACAUAUAAAGUAAAAUGACGUGAACUUAAAUCAACUGUUUAAACAGAGAGAAAGAAGAGAAAUAAUGCUUUUUACUGAAGUGUUACUCGAAUAUCCUGCCUCCAGUGGGCACCUCCUUGAAGAAGCCGAUAGCUUUUCCAUAGUAUUAGAUGGAAGUAAAGGACAGAAACACAUUCUUGUCAAGGAAAGGGGAGAGAACUCUAUCUGCACCAUUAAAAGUAAAAACGAGAAGCGAAACGAUACAAAAUUCUGUGUCCCUAGAAAGGAGUUCUGGUCGUUAAAACUGGCAGGCGUUGGUGACUGGUGCCGCCAGGUGCAGGGCUCUGGGUGUGAACACCUGAGGGUCCCGUCACGCGAUUGGUUGUUUCUUUGGACCAUAGUGCACGGUUAUUAAAACGGCGUGUGCGCCUCCCCCGCAUACGCCCCGGCUUGUUUUCUAGGUGAAGUCAAAGUUGUUCAGAUUCCAUUUUUGAUGUCAGUGCAGCUGUGCAUUGAAUCAUACCUUUAUAUUAUUUCUCAUUUCGAUGCUCUUGGGCCUUAGUUUUUAUAUUGGUUUAAAGAGUCAGCAGUUGUAUUUUCUGUUCAUACUUGGAGUCUAGGAAACGUGACCACUGAUCAUCAUUUAAUCAGUUUCAAUGGUCUACUGAAAUAAACGUGGUAACUCUACCGUAGCAAAUCACAUGAUUAUAGUAACCUUUUCCAGAAACUACUUCCACAGAACUGCACCUCUCAACCAAAUCACCAUGUCACAGAGUUAUAUUCCCGUGAAAGGCAGAAUGUUUGUUUCAAAAUUAACCUAGUUUUCUGUGUAUUUAAAUUUGAUCGAGAAGGUGACGACUGGAUCUUAUCCAGUCUUCCUUCGUAUCAGUUUCCUGAUAGACCACUAAUGGCAAACAGUAAUCUGUCAGCUACCAAAUGUGUAAAAUUUUCUGUACUUCACUUUGUCUUAUUUGUAAAUAGUGAACGAAAACUUCUGGCAGAUCAGCAACAUUUGCUGAGCCUGUUUUUUAAGCUAAUGUGUAUUCUUACUAAUGUUCCUAUCAAGAAUGGAUUUGUAAUAUAUGCUGUCUAUUUCUAAUGUUCACAUUCAUAUUUUGAGGUUCUAUGUUAUUUUAAUAGAGAACAGACUUCUCAGAAAAUCUUCAGAAGCAGCUUAUUAUUAAAACAUCAAAAUAUUGAAAGAAACCUGGUAGGGUUAGAUUACUCAUCUGCCCACCAAGUGGGACAUUUGCGUGGACUGAGGGCCUGAAGGACAGAGAAGAGAGCUGUGAGGAAAUCCUGAGAACGCGUCAGUUCCCACUUGGAUGGGCAGUGGAGUGCUCCCACCUUCACACCUGGAUUUUGGCACCCAAGGCAGACAGACCACCUUGGCUCUGUCAUUUUUCUUCUCUUCAUUUGUGAUACUCAUGUCCAAGAUGUGUGCUUUAGACUGUGUACAUACAGGCUUCUCUUCUGUUGGAUUUAAAAUUGUAGUCCUACUUUUGUAUGGACCCGUUAGAAUAUAAAGUGACCAAAAUAGAAGACUCUCCAUUAGGUAUUUUCAGACAUCAGCAGAUUUGUGGCAAAUUGUUUGCCUUUUAAAAAAAUCCAGCUUAAGCAGUUCAGAUUACUCAGUAACGAUUAUCUGACAUGAUUGUUUAAGAGGUAAAUAUUUUUUAGUGCAUAUUGAAUCAAAUAAAGUGCUCAAAAGAAAUUAUUAUGCAAACUCCUUUGGGUUUUUUCUUUUGUUAACAAGUGAUGGGGUGGACAUGAACGCGGUUCAAGCCUUCGAUGGUGUGUGAACAGUGCUGGCUUUGCACCUGCUGCUGACCGACCUCAUUCUCCAACUUCUCUUUGAGUCUCCUUGUGAGUUGCACCUGAAAACAUCCCUAACUGUUCUGUUAUUUUACUCACAUUUCAAAUUCCUAUGAAAAGUUUUCUUAUAGAAGGAGAAAAUUGUCUUAAAGUACUUUUCUCUAUGCUCAUUUCCCUCUUUCCUACAACAUUCGUGAUUUUAAUUUGUCAGGAGACGCACCUAAGGGCACACGUUUGGAAAGUGACAAGUAGUAGUAUGUCUUUAUUGUGUCACAUAUUUAAUACUUGCUCUUCUCUCUCACAGUUACUAGAUAAUUCAUAUAUAUGGUUUCUACCAAUGGAGGGAGAAACAAUUUUAAGUAAAUACUUAUUUCUCAAUGUUUGGGGCCUUAAAAGAUAGUAUGUUCUCUUAAAGACACUUCCAUGUUAGAUGGGAUUUUCCCUCUUUGUUUUAUUUCAAGAUUGGUUCUCAAAAAGCCACUUCGUUGUCACCCUUUCGUGGGCCCCGUUUCUGUUAACAGAAGCCCUCAUGCCGCUGAGGAAUUACCAUUAACUGAAGGUGUUCACUUCAGAUUUCAUUUAAAGCUUUUGUCUUGCACACUGAUUAACUGACCUAAGCUGUUUCUAAGUUGAUCUGUUCAGCGCUAAGUUAAUUGUUCAAAAGUAUAAAAACAAGUUGAUAUUUGAGAUAUCUUACAUGUUUCCCUGUGACGUUUUAAAAAGACAGACAUUGAACAGCAGUUCCUAAGGCAGUUUCUUUCGAUCUCUGGCACUUGCAUUCUUCAUUCAAAGGUCAUAUUUUCGAUUAGGGGAUGUCAGUGUUUUCUUAAAAGCUUGCAAGGUUUUUGCCACAUUUCAGUUUCUAUCUUCUAUCAGAACACCAAGAACAAAGUAUUCCGUAGUCUCUUUUGCUGGACUAAAUGUGUGUGUUUUAGUGCUUAGCUGAGCUGAUUUGCUGCAGAAAUUGCGUUGCAAGGUCAAGCACGUGCAUGUCCCAAACAGUCAGAUUGUAGGUCAUGCUCCGUAGAGAAACACCCAGUCGUGACCCCAGAGAAGUGACCAGGCGCUGAACCCACUAUUGAGGUUUUACCCUUUUUGGAAUCAACCAGGUACUUUCUGGCAUCUAUUUCUUAAGGAAUUUUAAGUAAAGUUAAAAGAUUUUUGUUAAUCCAAAGGAAAUGAUGUUUUUAAAUAGAAGCAAAAGGUUUACAGUGUGCAAACUGUAGAUUUAUUAAUUACCUCAGCAGGUAUCCUGCCAUGUAAUUAGUAACUAGUGUUCACAAGUUCAUAGGUUUAGGUCUCCUAACUCUGCCCUUGGACUGGGGGCCCACCAGAUGUUACUCAGCAGUCUCUUUGUGUUUCGAAAUGGGAGCAGAUGCUGCGGCUCCCUUGCCCUUGACCUUUUAAGUUCCCUACCUCCUCCCACUCAUACAUAACACACGAAGUAACAAAAUCUCUCUUCUUGUUAGCAUUGCUUAUUUGCAUAAUCAGAAUUGGAUCAGUGAGUAGCUUCAGAAAAACCUAUCCACCCCACUCUCUUCAUUAAAACAAUUAAGUCCUGAACUCAUACUAUGAUUUCUUAACUUGCGCCAUCCUGUUGAUAGUCUGCUGAAGGCGAUCCAAGACUUCCGAGGUGCAUCCCAGUUCGAUCCUGUGCCGACCUAGAUGUUUUCUUUCUUGUCUCCCAUGUGCUCUUCUCCUUGAUAAAGCAAUAACACUGCUUUCGGUCCGCUGCCUAAGCCUGCCACGUCCUCGCCCGGAUGGUGGUUUUAUAGGAAAGUUUGUAUGCAUAUCACCCAGUCUAUCUUUUAAAAAUAAAGAAAAUGAAAUGUGUGCUGGAGCUAAUGACAAUAUAUUGUGGCAUUUUAUUUUAAAAAUUGGGGAAAGUUGCAUAUUUUUUUAAAUGUAGGUGUUUGAGUAAAAAAAUUGAAGGUACUUUUUUAAGAAAAAAAUUUAUAUGCCUCAGUUUACGUAGACGGUUCAGAUUUCAACACGUACUCUGGGAUAUAAUGGUUUCUGUUACUGGGUCAGAAUGCAUGUAUAGUGUUCCUUCCGUCUUGGUUCCUUGUGUUUGCCUUUGUGGUCUUUUAUAUAUAUUUUUUAUUGUAUCAGAGAAACGAAAUUAAGUCCAUUUGGAUAUAUUUGUCAUAAACUACCAAAUGUACAAAAUUAAGUUUAGCCCGCUUGUAGCAAGUGAUCUUUAAAACUAAAAAUGCCAUUCUUUUAAAUUCACCAAAUUUGUAUGUGGGAAGGCACAGAAGUGAUUUCCAAGUGCCACUGCAGUCAAUAUUACCUUUCGAGUGUGGCCUAAAUCUCCGCCUUAAGAAUGAAAUAAUGUGUCCGGUCUGUCUCCUGGUCUGAAAAAUGCAGGCAUUCACUAUGUUUUCAAUCAGCGAAAGGUGUCUGUAGGCCUAUCAAAAAAGGUUUGUACAAUCUGAAAGCCUGUUAAUUUUCUAUGUAGAAAUACACACGAAAGGGUUAAAUUCAUGGCCUUACUACUUCCUUGCUCCUGGUAUUUCAGCUGGUUUCCUUCCCUCAUUAUUUUUGUUACUACCACUACUACCACCACAACUCCUAUUAUUUUUGCACAUAGUUAACUUACCCUUCAAUAUGAUUCUUAAAGAAAAAGUGCUGUUUCUGUGGUAUUGUAUUCUCUAAAUAAUCAUAUUUAAUUUUUUUUGAAAAGUUGCAGUUUCUAAUUGUUCCGUUCCUGUGUUUUUUGCUGGUAUGUAAUAAAAGCAAGAUUUUCUUUUCAUGGUUAUUUAAUACACUAGCUGCCUGUAAAUAUUUCUUGUUAUAAUGCUCUGGAAUGUGUUGUAGAAGUUGUAUUAGAUUAGUUUAAAUCCUUGUUUGAAAGCCACAUUGUUUCGGUUAUUUCUAUUAAAUUAGAAAAUUGAAAAAGU